GCCCUGACAUUUAUCUAGUUAAUUUGCCUAUCUCGUAAGACCAUUUAUAUAUAUACCUUCAAUUCUUAACAUCUUAACAUUUACUUUAUGCAUUUUUAUCACAUCAUUUUCCCCUUAAGGAUUUGGGACCCAAGUGUUUGGGAUGGGGUGAUGACCAAUCAUGGCUGCUUGGGAGCUUAAUAGGGAUAAUAAUGAAUGAGUUGCAUGGAUCCCUCUGGGAUUCAUGCUAAGAGUAGAUGAAACGCAUGACAUUGUUUUGGAUGAUCUAACAGCCCUUGGUAGAAGGAGGAGGCCAUGGUUGGGUGGAUAAGUGUGCAAGAAUGUAAUUGUGAGUAUGCAGAGUAUGAAAAUGUUAAUUUGUGAGUGUGAGAAUGUUUGAGGAUGCAGGUAGGCAUGAGUAAUUGUGAAUGAAAAUGUGAGCAACCAUAUGUUGUGUGUGAGAAUGAUUUUGUGUAGCUGUGUGAUUGUGUAUUUAAAGUUGUGCCAAUGUGCAAAAGGUGCGAGUUUUCAUUAGUGUUAAAGAAUGUAGAUUCUCUGUACAUGUGUGAUUUAUUAAGAAAAAGGAUGGAACAGUGUGUCUUCAUGGUAGAUGAACUAAACCAGGCUCAGAAAAAAACACAUUUUAUCUUACAAGUAGAGUCCAGAAAUUAAGAAAUAAAAUGCAUGUUGGAGGUGGAGUAUUGGGAAGGAGAAUGGGACUAGGGGUGGAGUGGGGAGAAGGGUUUAUGAGAUGGUGAUAUGGGAUUAAUAUGGUCAAGUGCUUCAUAUGAACAUACAAAAAUAUUGCAAUCAAGUCCAUUUCAUAAAAAUAAUAUGUGCUACUAAGAGAGUCGAAUUCUAAGCAUGGAUAUAUUUGCUCUUGGAAGCAAGUCUUCUGAGCAUUAGGCUUUUAUGAUAAGGGAAGUAUCAGGAAUACUAUUGUGUUAUCUAUAUAAAUUAUUUACACUAGUACAUAAUUAGCAGAGUAAAGGUCAUUGACAUUUUAAACUAAUGAAAACCAAUCCUGUCAUACCUUAAAUAUUUGGUGUAAAAUUUUUAUUUUUUUGGCUUUAUUUUUAUCUCAUUAGAAGAUAUCUUCAAACUGUCCAGGGAUGUAUGUCAGCUCAUUUUUUUCCCACAUCACAUACUGCUUUUACAACUACAUGGUGUAAAAUGCUAAAGUAUUUUUAUUACAUUGUUUCUUGGAGAAAAACUAUUUGAUAGAGGCUUUAAGAGAUGAAAAUGGGCAAGAUUUUUAAAGCCAGUACAGUUCAGUUUUGCAGAGCAGGUGAACCUAUAUAGCAAAGCUCACACUGAUGCCCACAAGACGCUGUUCAGCAGCCAUCAGCCAUGAAUCACAGCAUUGAACAGAACUGGGGGGAAUUCCUGGUAACAGAAGUAUCCUGGAAGAAGGGUACCAUUACCUGCUCCAUUAAAUGAGUAAAGUACAGGAGCUAUGAACUCAUGUGACUCUCCAUCAAUGGACAGAGGUGAUAUUGGACAGAGGAGUCCUGAGGUUUGGAGGUCCUGGUAAUUCACUGGACAGCUGCAAUUUGAAAAUAAGGGCAUUGAAACCUUUUCAGCACGUCAAAAGACUGAACGACGGUCAAAACUGACAAAUCUUGCUACCUCUGUGGCCGUGUGCUUUGUAAAAGGUCUGUCUAAUUGAGUUCCCUGGUCAGAGACACUGACAUUGCUACUGGAGGGGAUAUGGUUCUGGGUGCAUGGUAAGUGGGGGUGAGGAGAAAGAAGAGGAGCAGGAAAUUAUUUGUCUUGGGAAGGGGAGUACGAAGGCAUGCAGGAAUGGAAGGCAUGCAGCAAUGCAGCAAUGGCAGGGAUGGUUCAAGCCAGGUAGUUCUUGGGGGCUGAGAAAUCCACUGAAUAUACAUAUACAUACACAAACACAUACACGCGCACAUACACAUACACGUACACAUAUACAUAAAAUACCAUUGUAACCUAGUGAGAAAAGAUAGGUUGGGGAAAGAAAAUUGCCGAUUAAAAAAUUUAAAUAUGUUGCUCUCUAAAAAAACACCUUGGAAUUAUUGUAGGUUUUAUAAGAGAAAAUAAAAUAAAGCCGAACAUAAAAAUAUAGUCAGGGCAAAAGGCUAGGAGGUUUGUUGGUGGAUGUGGAUGUUCAUUUUGCAUGCAGUGUGCAUGAGUUUCUCUUCAAAAUUUGCCUCUGAAACCGUGAAAACGGACUACUCUUAGUUCCACUGCUUAAUUCCCAUACCGCACUGGAUGUGGAAAAUAAACAAUAGAAAUUAAGAGAGCAUUCUGUUAAGAGAUUUUCCUGUAGAGCUGGCCUUUGGCAUUCCAUGUCCCCCAUCACUUUCAACAGCCAUGUACAAGGACUGCUUUCCCAUGGCUGUAAGUCAGCCUCGAACAAACGACCAAAGGUCAUCUAGCCCUCUUUUGACUUUUGACAUUUAAAAAGUUCGUAAUUUUAAAAUUUCGUUCAUAUGCAUGUGAGGGAAGGCGCCUCUGCGAGUAUAGGUGCCUGCUGUCCAAAAGAUGGCACUGUAAGCCAGCUAUGGUGGGCGCUGGAAACUGAGCUAGGUCCAUCUGAAAGAGCAGUACUUGCUCGUAAACACUGAGCCCAUCCCUCCAGCCUCUUCUGAUUUUUGAAACAACACAAGUUGACUUUGCAGAGAUUUGACAGGCUGGACUACGCACAUGCGCAUUAACCUUUAUUGGCUUCAGGUAGUCGAGGGUCACAGGCACGCACACGUUCACGCACACCCUUGCAUAUUUGCGUCCACCAGUAUGGCUUGACAAGAACUGUUCUGCCAACUGUCCCUGCAGUUGAUAGACACUAAACCAGGGAGCAGACUUGAAGGGACAGGGACUGUGGGAGAGACUUGGCAAGCCUAUGACAAGUGAUAAUAUUUGGAUAAGGAUGAGUGGGCUUAUUACAUCGUUGAUACUUAGAUAACGAAUAAUGGGCUAAUUAUAAAUAUUAAAAACAGGAGGGUGGACUUAUAAUUCGAUAUGAGAUGGGGAGAGUCUGCUUGUUAUAAUAACGUUGAUACUGGGGCAGUUAACGGUUGGUUUGUUAUAAAUAACCUUGCCUGAGAUGGGAGGAAAGUACAGCCGUGGGGAAGAGAGGAGGCCUUUGGGGUUUCCAGGCUUCUCUGCGCUGUGUUGCUGUCAGAAAACAAAUAGGGAAGAGACCCCCUUGGGUUUCUGCGAUAUUAAGGCACGGAGAAGUAACCUGAGCUUUGGAAGGGAGGAUCCUGCUUAUUUAGACAUGGCUUACUUUCCUGACAAUGAUCUGCACAUGGCGGCCUGUGCAGGCGAUUUACCUUUUGUGCGGCUGUACUUUACUCUGGGUAAAUACGAAGUCAAUCACAGAGACAGGGAGAAUAGGAAUGCCAUGCACUUUGCCUGCUUCUAUGGACAUUUAGAAUUGGUGAUAUAUCUCUGGAGGCGUGGUUGUGAGAUUAAUGUGUGUGACAAUCAUAACAUCACACCCCUGAUGAAGGCUGUCCAAAGCUGGGAAGAUAAAAUCGUGUGUUUUCUGCUAGAGCACCAUGCUAACCUGCACAUUAAAGACAGCAUGGGUAACACUGCUCUGCACUAUGCUGUCUAUAGCGGGAAUUUAGCAACGGCUGCCAGGCUGCUACAGUACGGAGCAGAUAUUGAGGAAAGGACAAAAGACAACCUCACACCACUCUUGCUUGCUCUCAGGGAGAACAGACUGAAGAUGGCACAAUUCUUAGUAAGGAUGGAAGCAAGCGUGCAUGCAGUUGACUCACAGAGAAGAAAUUCUCUCAUGUAUGCUGUAAGGUGUGACUCACCAGUUAUGGUCAACCUUAUUCUUCAACAAGGUGUCGACAUAAAUUUGAAAGAUUUAUUUGGAUGGACUGCUUUACGUUAUGCUAUUGAAGGUGAUCGUGAUGUGAGGACAAUGCUUUUGGAGUUAAGAAAGAGAAAUCGAGGAUAAUGUUGGCUGAGUUUUAGAUAGAAUAGAAUGGAAAACCCACCAGAAUAACAGCUGAUUUCUUAGUUGAAACUUUAAUAGCUAGAAGAGUCUUCAGCAGUAGUUGCACACCAAGAUCUGAAAGACCAUGGAUGCCAACAUAGAUUACUGAACCCAGCCAAACUAUCUACCACAGUUGAAGGAGAAUGAGAAAUUUCCCAUGAUACAAACAGGCUAAAAUAUUUCAUGCUCACCAAAUCAACUUAAUACUGAAACUGGAAACAAUACUUCAGACUCAAGAGAGAAAUGCACAUAGCCAUGAGAAUAUAGAAAUAAAACAAAUGAAACUCAUGGAGAUUAAACACUCACCACUGAAUGAUGAGCAUAUCAAGUAAAAAAUCAAGACAAAUUUAAAAAAUACCUUGAACUAAAUGAAAAUGAAAGCACAAUACAACCAACCCUCUGGGACACAUUGAAAGCAGUACUACAAGGGAAAUUCAUAGCUGUGAGUGCCUGCAGUCAAAAAUCAGAAAGAGUACAAAUAAACAACUUAAUGGUACAAGUCUAGAAUUUGGAAAACCCAAAAGAAACCAAACUGAGGUCUAGUAGAGUCCAAAAAUGGUCUGUCAGGGUUCCCACAAUUAGCUGCUGCAGAACUGCUUGCACUUCUCGAGUCAUCCAUCUUCUCCCUAUGCCUAGCCAAUCCCCUAGCCCUGUAAAAUGAAAACUCCAGAGGCUUGUCAUUUACCAGCCAGAUUUAUAACAGUAAAUCCUCAACUCCCAAAAUGCCCACACAAAGAACUCAAAACUCAACUGAUAUGGACACAAGCUGCACAUGUAUAUUGCUCUACAUUACUCACUCAUCUGCGAAAUCCCUAGUUACUUAUGGCUCCUAGGACCAUAUGGUUCUGGCUCAUCAUCCUCUCCUUCAGGUACCAUUUUGUCUCCCCCAUCUCCCUCUCCCUCUCCCAUCUCUCCCUCUCCUAUCUCCCUCUCCCAUCUCUCCCUGUCCCUGUCCCCUCCCCCUCCUCCUCUCCCUCCCUCUCCCCCUCCCCCUCUCCCUCUCUCUGUGUCCUGUCUAAAACUUUUCUGCUCUGCCUUCUGUUUCACUGCCCAAUCAUAGACUCCAGCCUUAUCUGACUAAUAAGAUUUCACCUGAUCUCACCUGCGUACAGACACCCUCUUUGAGUGGAAAAUAACCCCCACCCCCCAAAAAAACCCAGAUAACAAUACACAACAAACAUGAGAAUAGAAAUUAAUGAGGUGCACCUUCCCUGCAUGGGGAGAGCUUGACUCCAGGGAGUGCUCUGAUCCCAGGAAUCAGGGGAGAUUGCCAUUUUCUCUCUGGUGACUCUAAGGCAGGCCUACUCAGGAUGGCACAGGCCUCAGAAGCAGCAGAGCAGCUGGGGCAGGGUCCUCUGGGACUACAUCUGCACCCAGGAGGUGGGGCUGUUCUGCAGACCUCUGUGCACCGGUCUUGCUGGAAGAGAGCUGGUCUCCCAGGAGUGCUAACACAGGCGUACAGACUCCCAGGAGGAACAAGCUCUAGCCAGAGACAGCAAGAACAUCUAACACCAGAGCUUACCAGAUGACAAAAGUCAAAUGCAAGAAUCUUACUAACAGAAACCAAGACUACUUAGCAUCAUCAGAACCCAGUACUCCCACCACAGUGAGUCCUGGAUACCCAACGCACUGGAAAGGCAAGAUUUUGAUUUAAAAUCAUAUCUCAUGAUGAUGGUAGAGGAUUUUGAGAAGGACAUUAAUAUCUCCCUUAAAGAAAUGUAGGAAAGAUCUUCUGCCUGAACCCAGCAGAGGCUGCCAAGAACCCCAGAGGACUCCACACCGCAGGACCUCAGGAUCACCUCAGGAUCACGGGUGAGUGGAACACAACAUCAGCUCCAAAGAGGGUCUUGUGCCAGCAGGAACAGGGACAAAGAAACCCUGCCCGAUCAGAGGCUGGGAUCUGUUCUGGUCAGGGCAAGCCCCACCAUCUUCCGAGUGAACCCAGCCGAAGGCAUCAAGGGCCCCAGAGGACUCUCCAUGCCACAGGACCCCUAGCACACCCAGAACCUCGUGAUCACUGGAGAGCACGUGGGCUACAGAAGCAACAGAGCUUCAUGGACAGGGUCCCUUUGAGUCUUCAUCCUCAGCCAGGAG